AUUUGCUAGCCGCUAUAUAUAUCGGCUUUAGAUAUUAGACAAUGGAAAGGGUGUGUCUUGAUAAAUCAGCUCUAAAGGCGGUGGAUGACUAUGUGGAGUACAGAAGGAUUGUGGGCGAUGCUGAUGGGGGGAAACUAUUCAGUCCAGAGCAAUAUGAGGAGUACAAAAGGAAGGUGCUCCCUCAGAGAAUGAAGAACAGACUGUAUGUGAGUUUUGGGGUGCCAGGAGGUAUUGACUGCAAACCUGUUGGCCCUGAGACACCGUGCUUCUGCACACACAGGUACAAGCAACACAGGACAGAAUUUGAUGUUAUUCCCACUGAGCGACCUCUGGCCCUGCCAUGCCAGGUCAGGGGUUGUCAUUGUCCUGCCUACGAGUAUGUUCCCCGCAGCGGGUCAACGCCUGUCCGCUGCAGGUGCAAACAUCUGGCUCAAGAUCACAGUGAGGCUGCUGGGCACUUGUGCAACAAGUGCUCUUCUUGUUCUGGGUUUCAUAGCCCUCACACCUGUGGCUGUGGCCAGCCCAGCUCUGCCCACCAGACACUGAUUGAGACGAAACAAGAGCGGGAGGCGCGGGGUCGGCCGGUUGGCAGGGAUGUGCCCUAUGUGGCCAUGGGGGGCCUGACGGGGUUCAGCUCUCUGAUUGAUGGUUAUGUCGCAUUGGAGUACAGUGAUGCAGGGGCUCCUCCGUUCUCCUCCCUGUGUCCUGGGCAGUCUGCAUCAUUUCAGCCACAUGUGGUUGAGAAGCCACAUGGACGAACCUCCCCUCCUUGCCAGACAGGUGGGGAAAAAAACAUGGUGGAACACCAGCAAGCUGAGGUGGCGAGGUGGCGAGCGGGGCUUUUGAGUCAGGCCUUGUAG